UAGAGUAGGGAGCGGAGAGGUGGGAGUAUGGUGCGUGUGUGUGGCCCGGCCGACAGUUGUCUCUCACCUCAGUGGGGAGUUGGACGCUGCGCGGAGCACCUCCCAUACACCACCUACUACCGCACACAUCCUAUCCCCAUAUCCCAGACACAUCCUACCACCCUUAUCCCAGAUACAUCCUACGUACCACAGCAUCCCAGACACAUAUCCUACCCUCACGUCGCACAUAUCCAAGACACAUGCUAACCCCAUAUCCCAGACACAUCCUAUCCCACAUAUGGAUUAAUUAAUCCACCAACCCAGAUAAAUCCUAAGUCAAGCCCCUGGGGUGACUGAUCUUAACGUGAAGGAACACGCCCCGUACUCCAGCAUCUGCGACGAAAGCUUGGUGAGGUUGGCGCCCAUCAGUAGAGUCACGCUCCCUCUCCCACCUGCCUUGGCGAGGAUGGCAAUCACUAACAGAGACAACUACUCUCCAUUACCUAAGUUCGUCAUGUCAACCACAACAACGCGAGGCCUGUCCUCAGCUACAGUCUGGUUGUUCCUGACCGUACUGACGUGGACGCCCGCUCUGAUCGUGGGCGUCAUGAGCAGCGAACACCCGCUGGUGCCGUGGGAGGACAUGUGGGAGGAGGCAGAAGAGAUGACACAGAAGUACGGGUGUCCCACAGACAACGCGCUGUGUGGGAGCAACAACACACGCUCAACGGACAUCCUCAGCGACAUCCAAAAUAUCUGCAAGCCGUGCUGGUGCGACGACGCGUGUCAGGUCUAUGGAGACUGCUGCAGAGACAAGGCUGAGGCUGACUGGGGCGACGGUCAUGACGAGGACAAUGGCCACUACAGCUGCUUGGCAAUAAGUACCACGGGGAUGACUGGACUAAUGAUGAUGGAUUCUUGUCCACCUGAGUACGCAAACCAGCCAGUCGAACUGCUCUGUACCCGAAAGGUGCCCCCAGAGUCCUACAGCUAUGUUCUAGACAUGCCUGUCACCUCCCGCCUCACCAACACCACCUAUGUCAACUACCAUUGCGCCAUCUGCAACAACGAUGCUGAAGACCUCCACACCUGGAAUGUAACCAUCAAGUGCAACACUAAACAGAUCGCGAAGGAGUACUCCAUGGAGGAGUUUAUGAAGAAGGCCCAGUACCAGGCGGGGAUGAGACAAUGGCGCCACUACACUUACCGCUCCCCCGAGGACCAGCAACGCAAUAUACCCCACAAGACAUUUAAUUGUUUCUUCGAGAUAUCAGAAUUCAAGAACCCAAUACUGUUUGCUGAAAAUUAUGGUGGCCGCCUGUGCCCCUAUCCAAGGAACAGGUGUGAUAAGAAGUUUGUUGGCAAGAGACAAUGCAUCGAACAGGUGCGAGACUGUGAUCCUGCUUGGCCCAAUCAUCUGGAUAGAGUGAAAUGUCAUCGAUACUCUCACUUUCUUCAGUACAAAGAUGCUGACGGUCAUGUGACUGUUUUCAAGAACCCACACUGUGCCAGAUGCAAUUUUAAAAAUGUGUCAUCCAAUGCUCUGACAUGUGUGCCACUGCAAAAAUAUAACAAAUGUGCAUCGAAAAGAGGUUAUUCUCCUCCACCGCUUCCUCUGUGCUUUUCUGUACUAAUGGACUUCAGUAAAGACAUUUGUAACAAUGUCGAUGAAUUAUGGGAUCCCAUUCACUUAACUUGUAAGAAAAUUUAUUGUGGAGGUCUUUAUAAACUAGAAAAUGGAGAAUGUGUCAGAGACUCCACAGCUUACCGUUCACUUGGAAAUUCUACCCUGCUUGAUCAGUCAUGCCCAAAGAUAAUGCUUAGUGAAAAUGAGUUUAUCCCUCAAAAUGAUGGCACAGUGUUUGUUAAUGCCUCAAAAAAAGUAUAUCAGAAAAGUGAAUUUGAAAUGUUCAAUAAAACCAAGAUAUUAAUCUGCAAUGCUCACUUCCAGUAUAUUGGUGGGUUCACAAAUAUUCAUGAACUGCUGACACUCAUUGUUUUGCUCAUUUCACUGACUGGUUUGGCAUUACACAUCGUGAUCUAUCUUUUAGUGCCACGUUACAGGAACUUGCCAGGGAAAAAUCUCUUCUCCCUCAGCUGUUGCCUCUUCACUACGCACUUCAUCUUCCUUACAGGGAUGAGGGCAACUGAUAACUAUGGACUUUGUAUCUUCAUUUCUGCCACUUUCCACUACUUUUGGCUUGCUUCCUUCUGCUGGAUGAAUGUGAUGAGUGUUGAUGUGUGUCGCACUUUUACCAGCCAGCUCUACAGGGGGAGUUUAGAUGCCAGUCGAACUUAUAUCUUCUACUCCAUUUAUGCCUGGAGCAUCCCUGCACUCGUUGUUACUUUGUCGUUUGUAUUUGAUCAUAUUGAUAUACUACCUGACUACAAGCCUAGAUACGCAACAAAUAUUUGUUGGAUAAGCAACCGAUACGGCCUGGCAUUGUUUUUCUUACUUCCUGUUGGCGCCAUUAUCCUGGAAAAUACUGUCCUUUUCUUCGUGACUGCUUGCGAGAUUUACAAGCAGGCCAAAGCUGCAAAAUAUGCAAACACCCGUUCCCAGAGUGUUAAAGAGAGUCAUGUGCUCCAAGAAACCAAACAAAAUGGUGGGAAACUCCAAAAGCAUGGUGUCCUCAAACAUAUGCCACAAGGUCGGAGACGAACAAAGGAGCGGGUUCGUUUGAUACUCUACGUUAAACUUGGAGUAAUUCAGGGCCUCUCCUGGGUGACUGGGCUUGUGGCUGCCUUCGCUGACAUCCCUGCUUUCUGGUACCCAUUCACUAUUUUCAAUGGUCUACAAGGAGCUUUCAUAUUUCUUGGAUUUGACUUGAAGAGUAAGGUUGGAGAGGCAAUGUGGGAUGUACUUUUCAAGAAACCAUGGAGAGACUAUAGAAGUUCUAAGGACACUCGUACCACCAGUGGAGGUCGGAGCAACUCUAGCCAGAACCAGUCAUCAAAAUCCUAUAGUGACUCUGAUGAAGAGGACAGAACAGAUCAAUCAGUGCGAGGUGAUAUGGGUGCGGCCCCGAGGGCUGUGGAGGGUGUACAGUGUGGUAGCACUACAGGGCUCACUCAGCCCAUGCAUACCUCUGCAAAAGCAAGUUCACAACAAUCCAGUAGCCACAAGACAUCUGCUUGUCGAAGAGGCACUAAGGAUUUCAUGCAGGAUCCAUCCAAGUUCAAAAAUUUCCAACCUUCAUCCUUGGGACAGACUCAAGAUUCAAAAAAUGGUGAUAUGCAAGGUAGUGGAGUGAAGAGCAAGUUUGAGGAUGAGACUGCUGAAGAUGCUGUCAGGCAUUCACAAUUUGGAUUUAAGGGAGUGUGUUUCACUACUCUGAAGUCAGCUAACCAUGAAGCCAAGAAAGAACAGAUUGAGCAGCAAAAUAAUAAACUGGACCUACAGAAUGUGAUGGAUCUCCUUCAGCAGUCCAAGAACUCUGUAGAUUUACCAGACCUGGUUCAGCAGCUUCUUUUGCAAAGUGGAGGAUCUGUAGAUGAUAAUGAGCAGAGACCUUCACCUUUCACAAAGUGCAAGAGCUUCUCAGAGGGCACCAAUCCGGUACUGCAGGAAGAGCAGUGUAUGGCCCUUGAUGCCAGACUGAAGCUUCUGGAGUACUCCAAAGAGUGUCCAGGCAUCCACAGCCUAAUCAUUUCUCAUGCUCACACAGCAUUUCCUGAAGCCAGACAGGUAUCAAAUGUAUCCACUGGACCCGGCACAGUUUCGAAGGCAAAUGACUACCAUCAUAUUGGACUACCCUCACUAACUUCCUUUCCACCGACUCAGCAGUGUAAGCAGCCCAAAUCUCUUGUAAACACAGUCAAUAACUUUGGCGAUGCUUGUUCAUGUUCCACCUGCAAGCAUCACCUUUCACAGUUGCUAAAUGAAGAAGAGUUUAGCCAAAACCAGGAAAAGAAAGAACAGGCACAGGGAUCUGGUAACCUUCUGCAAAGAAGACCCAAGUCACUAUCUUUUUCUCAGAUAUCCCAUGUAUCGCUAGCUGCUGCAAUUAUGCAAAGGGCUUCUCUGGAUGCUCAAAAAAAGCAACACUUCUCCGAAGAGAAUACCAGGGCCCACGUAUGGGAUGAUACAAGAAAAUUACUCGCUAAACUGAGCAAGAAAGUCAAAGUAUCGGAGAGUUUGGUGUAAAAUGCCAAAGAACAAAAAGCGUCAAUUGUGAUAAUUAAAAAACUAACAUAUAAAACCGUAUAAUAUCUCAAAGAUAAAUGUCUAGUGUAUGAUGCUGUUUGUCAAUAAAUAUUUCAAUGAUGUGCUGUCAGUAACUUGUAUAGAUGUAAGUGUUCACCAAAGAGUUCUUUUCAACAUAAUCCACAAUUAUCUAAUGUAGUGUCAUGUGUGUUGAGUUAUAUAAUGAGCCUUUAUUUAAGAAAUACAAUGUGUGUUAGUGUCUAGUUUGAUAUUAAUAUAGGAGUAUAUCAGAGUGGUGCAAUAUCCCCAUGACUAUUCAGUGUAAACCCGCCAAACACACGACGAAACUAUGAUGUUACUACAGCGUUCGAACAAGGUAUAACACCUAACAAUUCUAACAACCAAUAUAGCAAGUUGUAGCAACGUUCUAAUAGUUCAUAAAAACUAUAUAUAACAAGAUGUAACACCUUUAUUACAAGUUGUAACAAGGGAAUCAUAGGGACCAUUACAUUGUGUGUUUGCAGGGAAGUCAGCUCUCAAUGUGUGUGUGAAGCCCAUUUCAUUUUCUCCACCUUCCACAUAACUUAUAAUAAUUUCUUAAAUCCAUGACCUUAAAAUAAAUGCCGUUUUUUUUUUUUUUUUGCCUUAUUACAAUAUGUUUUCCUUGUUUU